CCAGCUUGGGGAGGAAACUGAGUGCUUUAAAGCUGCUACAACGCAAACACACACACACGCACACACAUACAGCUCUGUUCUAAUCCGUGUCCGGCCACGACGGAAAAACCUCUCCUCAUCUUAUCACCCGGCUACCUCCCUCUGUCACUUCUCUCCUCUCCCCGUCCAGCCCAUAUUUUCUUUUUCUUCAACUUCCACCCUCUCUCCCUCUCUCACAUACCCUCCCCCUCUCUUUUUUCUCCCUUUCACUAUCUGUCUCUAUCCCUUCCCCGUCUGAAGUACACAACAGAGAGAUGAAAGAGAAGAACCCCUGGCCUACGCCUGUGACCAUCAUCAUCAUUGUGAUUGGUGUCAUAGCGAUUGUUGCCCUGGUGACGGUGGCGGUUUUGCAGAACAAACCUGUCCCCCAAAAGUACAAGUAUGGGAUUGUGCUGGAUGCUGGAUCUUCCCACACAGCUCUUUAUAUUUAUCAGUGGCCAGCAGAGAAGGAUAACAACACUGGCAGAGUUGAACAGACACACUCCUGCAAAGUCAAAGGUAAAGGUAUUUCCAGCUAUGCGUCUGAACCAUGGAAAGCAGGAGAGUCUCUGAAAGAGUGCAUGGGGGAGGCUGAGGAGACUGUCCCCAAAGAAAGAGCUCACGAGACCCCACUCUAUCUGGGAGCCACAGCAGGAAUGAGGCUGCUGGAUAUUGUGAAUAGCUCAGCAUCAAAGAACGUAUUUCAGGCUGUGGAGAACGCCUUGCGGAACUCCCCCUUCUCCUAUCAGGGAGCAAGAAUCCUCAGUGGGCAGGAAGAGGGUGCCUUCGGGUGGGUCACAGUCAACUACUUGGAUGAUCGUCUCAAACAGGGCUUGAAAACAACAGGCGCUCUUGACCUUGGCGGGGCGUCUACUCAAAUUAGCUUUAUAUCCGAUGAUUUUGACGGCUCAGAGUCACCCAUCAACUCUGUCAACUUCCGACUCUAUGGAAAUGAUUAUAACCUGUAUACUCACAGCUUCCUGUGCUACGGAAAAGACCAAGCGUUAAAAAUGGUGGUGGCAAAUCAGACUCAGUCAGGUGCAACAACAGUAUUGGAUCCUUGUUUCCACUCAGGCUACAAUGAGACAAAGAACUACUCCGUCCUUUAUGACAGCCCCUGUGUGUCAGGCAGGAAACCUCAGGAAGUUCCAGAAAUAUUUGAUCACAUUGGGAAAGGAAACUUCCAAGAAUGCCAAGAAGUUGUCAAAAGUGUAUUUAACUUUACUUCCUGCAAAUACAGCCGAUGCUCUUUCAAUGGGGUCUUCCAGCCUCUUUUGCAGGGGCCAUUCGGGGCGUUCUCUGCUUACUACUUUGUGAUGAACUUCCUCAAUUUGACGGAUACAUCCAUGCCCCUUGAAACUGUGAAGGAAAAGCUAAGCCAGUACUGUGCUACCUCUUGGGAUAAGAUAAAGAUUCAGCAUCCUACAGUAAACGUAAAGUAUCUGGCUGAAUACUGCUUCUCGGGCACCUACAUCCUCACCCUGUUGACAGAAGGAUAUGAUUUCACUGCAGUGACUUACUCAAACAUAAAAUUCAUCAAGAAGAUAAAAGGCAGUGAUGCAGGCUGGACUCUGGGUUACAUGUUGAAUCUCACCAACAUGAUCCCAGCUGAGGCUCCUGAUUCACCCCCUCUCCCCCACGCUGGCUACGUCUCCAUAGUAACCAUCAUGACAAUACUACUCAUUGGCCUCCUCUUACUUCUCGCCCUCCGCAUAUUCUGGCCCCGUUGCUCCAAGAAAACACAAAUUGUAUAAACACUCUGAAGCGUAUGUAUGCAUGUACAGUUAUGUGCAAAAAUCUCGAGUCACUCCUCAUCUAUUUAUAUUUUCCUUUCAAGGAGCCACAUGUACUUGUAGUCUAAGCAGCGAGAGGUGAACCGUCUUCAAGAAACUUAAAGGAGUCCAGGCUCUUGUCUUUCCAAGUUCCAUAGACAACCAUAACCUUGAUGACUGAGAACCUACACAAACUAUUAUUUUUAACCUCUCUUGAGCAAUAGUUCUCUAGACUUCCUGAAGGUCUUUCACAAUUCUUCUUUAGACAUUGGCUGCUUUUUCGCUUAUUUUCAGUUCAGUCUUUGUACCUCGCCAUUUAAGAGGAUUUUUUUUUCUUAAGCCACUUAACGCUGACCUAUGAGUCAUUCAAGUAUAAAAGAAGACACCUAGCUCAAGGGAUGAACUAGUGUUCUGUCAGCACAAAACAGACAACUUAGCAAUGAACUCAUUUUAAAUAGUAUCUUUAAGCACUCUGUUAUUAACAGCUGUUGCAAAAAUGUAUCAUGUGUUCACAUUUCUUUCAUUGAAUUCGUGAAAAAUGCCAACGAUAACACAGUUUAACAGACACAAAAUGUAUUUUUCACCAACAAAGAGCUAUUAUUUUUAAAACUUAAUAUCUUAGCAUCAUGUGCAAUGUGUCCUUAAAUAAAUUGAGGAAACUGGACAAGGAAGAACUGGCAGGCCUGAAAAACUAUCUACAGGAGAUGAAAGGUAUCUUUAAGUGAUUUCCUUAAGCAAUAGGAAAGAAUCCAGCAAAGACUUGACAGAUAAUUGGAGAAAUGCAUCUGGCUCUGAUUCUGUCAGAAUUUUAUCCACCAUGCAACAUCGUCUGGAACAAACUUUUAGCGUGAUAAUGAUCCAAAACAUACUGCUUACAGUAAAAGCAUACCUGGAUGGAAAAAUACACAAUGGAACACUAUCAGUCAUGGAUUCACCUCCCCAGAGCCCAGA